AUGCCAAAGAAACUUCUUGUGUACAGAGAUCAGGAAAACCAGCUUUUGGAAGUUUAUCAAAAGAAACUCUCAAGUGAAGCAAAAGUAAUCCAAGUAGAAACUGAUACAUGUUCAAAAGUUUCAGCUGUGAUUGAGUUCUUCCAAAACCAGGGGUUUUCUGCAACCCAAGUGAAGAAAAUAAUUGGACAACGCCCUCGUUUUUUAGCAUCGAGGGUGAACAAAACCAUAAAGCCCAAGUUGAAUUUCUUGCAAUCAGUUGGAUUUUCUGAAGAUGAAUGCAGUAAGAUUAUAUAUGGUAAACCCUGCAUACUUGAUAGAAGCAUAAGGAACCAUCUUGCUCCAUCUUUUGAUUUCCUGAAGACUUUCAUGGGUAGUAAAGUGCGAGCACUUGUUGCCAUCAAAAAUUUUCCUCAAAUCCUUGAUUGUAAGGUCUCUCAUUGUUGGAAGCAGACUGUACAGAUAUUGGGCCAAAUUGGUAUUGCUGAUUCUCAAGUGUCACAGUUUAUUCAAAAAUCUCCUAUUAUCUUGACUUUAAAUCCCCAAAAGAUGAGUGAGGUUGGCUUGAGGCUGAAGGAAAUGGGGUUUGAUGUUACUUCUCCAGCAUUUAGGACAGCUUUUGCCUCAUUGUCUAGAGUUGCUCAUCCCAAAAUGGAAAGGAAAUUUGAAACAUACAGAAGUUUGGGCUUUUCAGAUGACGAGAUCCUUAAUAUAUUCAGAUCGCAGCCAAAUUGCAUGUUUUAUACCGAGGAGAAUAUCAGGGAAAUUGUGGCAUUCUAUGUAGAUAGACUCCAUUUUAGCCUAUCACUCUUGUCAAAAAGACCGAAUUUUCUUUUGUGUAGCCUGAAGAGGAGGCUUAUUCCUAGGUGUUCUGUCAUGCAAGUUUUAUGGUCAAGAGGCACUGUUUCAGAAUUUGGCAAGCUAUACCCAAACUAAUGAU